AGAACAGGAAGACUUCUCCAGCGCUAGAGACGUUAGUCGCUUCCCCCGUCAUUCAGGGGUUAAAAAGUUAACCAAACUUGUAAGCAGUCAUGGAAACUAAUUUGGGAUACACGGUCGGGCCAAGUCAUCCGUAAUACCAACUCGUCGCCCGUGUUGUAGUCGCAUUAACAACUCGUGGAAGUGGGAAGAGCGGAGUUUUUUUCUUUCCUGAGACUUUACCUACUGUAGUCAGACGAGCUAGCCUAGCAAGCUAACGGUUAGCUUAGUUAGUACCGCAUACUUUCGGGACUUGAAAUACACAUUGUUUAAAUCUUCGGCUUGUGUUACAUGUGGAUGCUGGUGGAAUAAGUCCUCAUUUGUGUUUUACAAACGCAACAGGUUGGUUUUGUACUUUUCGACCCGAGGAGUUGGGGCUGUGCUUUGAAUUUCCCUCCUUCAGUGAUACAGACAGGCGGCUUAGCUAGGGGCUCGUUCGGUGUAACAGUUGGCUCUCUACCAAAUCAUUAGCACCAUUGUGCUAAUUGUUGCUAAGUUAGCCAGGGCACUAGCAUAGGCCCAAGGGAAUUAACUGUUUGCUUUUUCGCAAAGUCAGGAAACACCGACGGGAGAAACAUUUGCUUUGUUUUUUCACGUUUGAGUACGGGGAGAUUAAAGACACACGGGUUUAUUUUGACACCCAAUUCAAGGGAACGGAUUACGCUAUAAAUAUGGAUCCAAACACGGGGAACUCUGCCUCAGCUGCUGGUCCCAAGAAGGACAAGAAAUCAAAGAAGAGCAUUGAGGAUGGAGAUGGGAAAAAGAAAUUUAAACUCAAACGCCUGAUUCCUGAUGAGUUGGAGCGUUUCACCAGCAUGAGGAUGAAAAAGGACAAGGAGAAGCCUGGCCAUGUGCCAAGUCAGCGUCACUCUUCAGCUGCCAGCUAUGAGAUCAACGCUCAGAGUGCCAUGCUGCAUGAUCAUUCUGAUGAAUAUGUACUGGAACUCUUUGAACAGAUGCUGGUGGAUAUGAACCUGAACGAGGAGAAGCAGCAGCCUCUGAGGGAAAAAGACAUUAUGAUCAAACGAGAGAUGGUCUCCCAGUACCUUCACACGUCUAAAGCUGGUCAGAACCAGAAGGAGAGCUCCAAAUCAGCCAUGAUGUACAUCCAGGAGUUGAAGUCAGACUACCGAGACACACAGCUGCUGAGCUGUCUGGAAUCUCUGCGAGUCUCACUCAAUAACAACCCCGUCAGUUGGGUGCAGAACUUUGGAGAUGAGGGGCUGGCCCUGCUGCUGAAUCUGCUGAGAAGACUGCAGGAAGACAAAGACGAGUACCCAAUGAUGGGAGUGAAAUGUCAACACGAGAUCAUUCGCUGUCUAAAAGCCUUUAUGAACAACAAGUACGGUCUUAAAUCCAUGCUGGAGUCAGAUGAGGGAAUUCCUCUGCUGGUCAGAGCCAUCAACCCCAGGGUGCCUCAUAUGAUGGUGGAUGCUGUCAAGCUGCUCUCUGCCAUUUCAAUUUUGGAACAUCCUGAGAACCUUCAUGAGCGUGUUUUGGAGGCCAUUACAGAGGAGGCAGAGAGGCGGGACAUCGAGAGGUUCCAGCCUCUGCUUGCUGGCAUGAAAAACCACAACAUUGCUCUUAAGGGUGGCUGCAUGCAGCUAAUCAACGCCUUGAUCAGCCGGGGAGAAGAGUUGGACUUUAGGAUCCAUAUUCGCUCUGAACUGCUAAGACUGGGACUCAGAGACCUGCUGACGGAGGUGCGGAUGAUAGAAAACGAAGAGCUGAGGGUGCAACUCACGGUGUUUGAUGAGCAGGCUGAAGAUGACUCUGAGGACCUCAAAGCACGUCUUGAUGACAUCCGCAUUGAGAUGGACGAUGUGAGGGAAGUGUUUGAGAUCGUAGUCAACACUGUGAAGGAUUCCAAGGCCGAAACCCACUUCCUGUCCCUGAUGCAGCACCUGCUGCUGAUCCGUAAUGACUAUUUGGCCAGGCCUCAGUACUACAAGUUGAUAGACGAGUGUAUCGCUCAGAUCGUGCUUCACAGAAAUGGAGCAGACCCUGACUUCAAAUGCCGUAACCUCAGCCUCAACGUUGAAAGCUUGAUAGACAACAUGGUGGACCAGACCAAGGUGGAAACCAGCGAAGCCAAAGCAACCGAGCUGGGGAAGAAGCUGGAUGCAGAGUUGACAGCACGCCACGAGUUGCAGGUGGAGCUGAAGAAACUGGAGGGCGACUAUGAGCAGAAGCUGCAGGACUUGAGCCAAGAGAAGGAACAGCUGGCCACUUCUAAGCUGGAGCGAGAAAAGGAGAACCAGGGACUACAACAACAGCUAGGCACUCUGCAACAGCAGAUUGAAAAGCUGUCUAAAGAUCUGGAAGAGGCCAAGACUAAAGUUGUCACAGUUACUGUCCCUGUGCCAACACCAGGUUUGCCCCCUCCACCUCCCGCCCCUCCGCUCCCUGGCCAGAAUGUAGGUAUGCCCCCUCCACCUCCUCCUCCACCCCCACCCCUCCCAGGCCACGCAAGCAUCCCCGCCCCGCCACCCCCUCCUCCUUUACCGGGUCACGCCGGUAUUCCUCCUCCUCCUCCUCCACCUCCUUUACCAGGCAUGCCAGGACCUCCGCCACCCCCGCCCCUCCCUGGCAUGUCAGGACCACCACCCCCUCCACCCUUACCUGGGAUGGGACCUCCACCACCCCCACCACCUCCUGGGUUUCCCGGUGUCCCUCCUCCGCCGCCGGGUCCAGGCAUGCCUCCACCUCCACCAUUUGGCUGGGGGGCCCCUGCACCACCCAAGUUGCCUUAUGGACUCCAGCCUAAGAAGGAGUACAAGCCUGAGGUCCAGCUGAAGAGAGCCAACUGGAGCAAGAUCGGACCUGAGGACCUCUCUGAGAAGAGUUUCUGGACCAAGGCGAAAGAGGAGAAAUUCGAAAACAAUGAGCUCUUUGCCAAACUCACCUUAACCUUCUCCUCACAGACUAAGACCACUAAAGCCAAAAAGGAGCAGGACGGUGGAGAUGAAAAGAAGCAGACGCAGAAGAAGAAGGUGAAAGAGCUGAAGAUUCUUGACUCCAAGUGUUCACAGAACCUUUCCAUUUUCCUGGGAUCAUUCCGUCUCCCUUAUGAAGACAUCAAGAGUGCCAUCCUGGAGGUUAAUGACAAGGUCAUCACAGAGUCCAUGGUUCAGAACCUGAUCAAACUGCUGCCACCAGCAGAGCAGCUGAGCACCCUCGGAGAGAUGAAGGAUGAAUAUGAUGACCUGGCUGAGUCGGAGCAGUUUGGAGUAGUGAUGUCCGGUGUGAAGCGGCUGAUGCCUCGGCUUCAGGCCAUCCUGUUCAAGCUGCAGUUUGAGGAGCAGCUGAACAACAUCAAGCCAGAUGUGGUGUCUGUGACUGCAGCCUGUGAGGAGCUCAGUAAAAGCCAGAACUUUGCCAAGCUGCUAGAGAUCAUCCUCCUUGUCGGGAAUUACAUGAAUGCGGGCUCCCGCAAUGGAAAGGCAUUCGGCUUCUCCAUAUCAUACCUGUGCAAGCUGCGAGACACCAAAUCAGCUGAUCUGAAGCAGACGCUGCUCCAUUUCCUCGCUGAUGUGUGCCAGGAGCAGUAUCCUGAUGUCAUGGGCUUCCCAGACGAGCUCAUCCACGUGGAAAAGGCCAGCAGAGUUUCUGCAGAGACCAUUCAGAAGAACCUUGAGCUGAUGGGCCGUCAGAUCAAGACCCUGGAAAAAGAUCUGGAAACUUUCCCACCUCCACAAAAUGACAAGGACCUGUUUGCUGAGAAAAUGUCCAGUUUUAUUGGUACAGCUCGUGAGCAGCAUGAGAAACUGGAUCUGCUACAUAAGAAUAUGGAGAAGCAAUAUAACGACCUGGGAGAGUACUUUGUCUUUGACCCGAAAAAGAUGUCAAUAGAGGAAUUCUUUGGGGACAUCAACACCUUUAAAAACAUGUUCCAGCAAGCAGUGAAGGAGAAUCAGAAGAGGAAGGAGGCUGAGGAGAAGAUAAAAAGGGCCAAGCUGGCCAGGGAAAAGGCAGAGAAGGAGAAGGAGGAGAAGCUCAAGAAGAGCCAGCUCCUCGACAUCAACGCAGAGGGUGAUGAAACUGGUAUCAUGGACGGCCUGUUGGAAGCGCUGCAGUCCGGCGCUGCUUUCAGGAGAAAGAGAGGACCACGGCAAGCAGCCAACCACCGACGAGCUGGUCAUGCAGUGACCAACAUCCUGGCCAAAGAGCUGAUGCAGGAAGACACGCCUUCAUCCAGCAAAGUGCCCAUUAAGAAGAAAAAGCCAGAGGAGACAGAGGAGCCUAAAAUAGAAGGAGCGGAGUCAUUAGAGGAGUUACUGGACGCUGCUCCUUCUCGGUCCAAUUAGGCAUCCAGGGCAGAAAGUUUUUUUACUCAGAGUCAGUGAUAUCCAAAUGCAGAUGUAUUUCAUAGCCAUUCCAGGGGCCAAUAUCAACCUGAGAUUAGCUCAAAGACAAAAAAAGCCCUGUGUCUCCUAUUCUUGUCUUACCAUCUUUUAGGGUAGCAUUGUCUGUGUCUUCUGGGAGGACAGGGAGUGGCAGAGGAUGAGUGCGGGGCUGUCACCUCAGCCACAAACCCUGCACACCCCUCGUCAACCUUUGGAUCUUUGCCGGUGUCAUAAAGAUUUGCUUUCCUCGGCAUGUGCACAUAUCAGUUCAUGUAUUUUUGUCUGUUUCACUUGCUUCACCUGUCACUCAUCAAAGGGCAUCUUAAACGGUUCCAAAGACUUACUCAGGAGGGAUCCACCCCUUUAUAGCGGUUAUUUCCAAAUCCCAAAUUUGAACUGGGAAUGUCUGGAAUUCGACACCUCCUGCGGGUGCUUCAUAGAGUUUUCUCUGGAUGUUCCAGGCCAAGACCACUUUGCGCUUUUUCACUUUUUUUUUUUAACUCAUGAAACAUAUUGAUUUGUAUUUGUCUGAUAUACUGUAUGUUACUGUUUGUAAGUGUUAAUCAUUGUUGCUGUGUUAUUGAAAAAAGUGCCAACCAAUAGAAAUCCAGUCUUGUCAUUUCACUCCCAGGUUUAGUCCAGUCAGUUUGCACUGGGAUGCUGUGUGCAAACCAGUCCAACAGUAGUCAUCACCUGGGUGUCACAGUGUGUUUUGUUUUCUGAGAAGGGAUUUAGUUCACUGGUGUGCAUGCAUAUGUUAAAUUUCACAUAUAAAAAUGGAGAUAAUUUACAAAAACUUGUCCAAGCUACCACACGUGCCCACAAAGUUAUAUGAAGACAACCUGCUUACAUCCACGAACAUUCCUAUAAACCUCAGAGGGAUGUAGAGAUAAAUUGGAGGAGAAAGUUCUUCCACAGUCAAACCAAAAAAAAACUUUUUCAAAGGGUGUUUCCGUACAUGAGCAGUUUACAUGCCUGUGUGUUGAUGUGUAUGAGAAUGACUGUGUGAAGUAAGCCGCCUAUAUUUAGUUUAAUGUGCACGCUCAACUUCCUACAUAUCUGUGUGUGUGUUUGUGCGUGUAAGUUUGAGUGUGUGCGUGUGUGUUACCAUCUGUAAUUACUGUACGAUACCGACCAUGCUGUCAUAAAUCCUAGGUUUCAUAAACAGCUUUGUGGUCUUUCUGCUGAGGAUAUAGCACACUGGAAAACUGCCCAAAAACUGCUGAGACAAGUAUGUGUGUGUGUGUUUGAGUGUGUGUUCACCCACUUUCCCUCCUACUGAACUGCAGCAGUAGUUUCUGAAUGUCUGGCCUUGCUCUUACUUGUAUUCAGUAGCAAUCAGCGAACAUGUUGCCAUGAUGUUGUGGUGUAAUAUCUGACAGGAAUCCUGAGAGGUGAUGUCAGCCGCACCAUGCAAUAUUUAUAACUAUGCAAACACAAUAGUGUAGUGUGUGUACUUCAGCUCUGACACCCAGCCAGCCUCAGGAUGUAAAAACUACUGGGUGGACUCCAGCGGUCUUUGUAAACCCGCUGAUUAGAGAUCAGUGCUUCAUUUUGCCUGUGAUUGAGGAAAAUCUUUGGCCUGGUGAGACCGUCAAUAUUCUGUUUCGCUCUCUGUAUCAGUCUGUGCCACCCCAAACACUUGGAGUGGGCGGGAGCACUCACCUUGACAGACAACCUCUGUCUGCCAAUCAGCAGAACAAAACACUGGGAAACAUCAUCGUCAUCACCAACGUAGCCAGUUGAUGAAUCAAGCUUUGCCAAAUCCAGAUGGAAGAACAGCAAAAACGUCUUUUCCCGUUUAAUUGACGUCAUUGACUCUAUUUCUCCAUAUUGCUGUGUCUGCUCCACUAAUGUCAGAGGUGGCGCCUGUUGCUUCAGGAACCGCCAUCACUGCUCUGCAAGCUGCAGCCUCCAUUUUAUGUCAUCGAAUACAACACAGUGCCUGGACGGUUAUAUAUAGUUAAAUUGUCAACUGUAGUGCGGAUUCCUGAUUGGAUUUUAAUUUCUGGAAUGUUUGGGGCGGCACUGAGUCCUGACUGAUAGAGAAAGGAAAUGUUGAGCUCACGUCAUCAAGAUGGUCUUACCACGCUAGAAAAUCUGUAAAGCUCCCUAAAGUUUAGCUUUUCAGGAAUUUAAAAAAGUCACAUCUUUUCUCAACAACACCAGCAUUUAUUCAUUAACUUCAAUUAAAAUUUAAAUGCUUUCAUACAUGGAGACACUGACACUUAACAAGAAAUGAGGUUCGUCAAGUACAGUAGGUGUAGAGGUGCUGGUGCUGCAAUUUAAUCCAGUAACACUGAGAAUAAUGACUGCUGCGCCUGCUCUCCAGCACAAAAUAUGUUGUAGCUGUAAAACCAGAGACACAACUGCUGAUUUAUUACCCUGGUGGACAGUUCCAGGUGAUUGUGUGUACCAGAUACUGUAAACUGAUUUCAACAUUAACAAGAGAAAGGUUUAAAAAAGGAUAUCAGAACAUCACUGGAAUAAUUGUUUUCUAAUUUGAGGCAUUCCUUAUGUUCAGUAAUUUUUUUUUAAGAGAUUGUUUUCUAUGUGAAUUUUUAUGGUUGAUUUAUUUUAAUGUAUUUGAAUGGAAACAAGAUUUUGUUUUUUUCUUUGCUCGAUGUAUACAGAAUAAUGCACAUAGUCAUUCUGUUUGCUACACAGAACUAUUAAAAAUGUCUUAAGUAAUUUAA